AUGAUUCAACAAUUUAAAAAUAAAACACAUGUGAAAAUGGAGAAUUGUAUGGAUAAUUCUGAGCAAUACCGUAAUAAUUAUUUUCCUUAUCAUUUUGAAGAACUUGAGACCGAUAUUACGAUGUUAUCUAGCAAUAGCUGUAAGGUUUUUUCAAAAAAAUACAAUAAAACUAUGAUUUUAAAAAGAGUCGUUUUCUUUCAAAAGUAUACAUUGGAAGAUUUUAUUAAUGAUCUAAAACAAUACAAGAAGUUAGACUUACAUGAAAAUAUUUUAAAAUUUAUAGCGAUUAUUAAACAAAGCAUAAAUGAAAUUAUUUUUGUUCAUGAAUAUGCAUUUAAUGGAACACUUUGUCAAUAUUUAAACCAAAAUUUUAACAAAAUUAAUUGGAAUGAUAAUGAAAUUGUUGAUGGUAAACGUGAAAUUGUAGUACCCGGAACACCUAAAAAUUAUAUUAAGAUAUAUACAGAAUGUUGGCAACAUAAUUCAAAUCAACGGCCCACUAUUCAGCUUUGUAAUAAGAAUGAGAACAAAGAUCAACCAAUGUCGGAAAUAAGAAAUUCAAAUUCAACAAAAUUAUUAAACUAUUAUACUGAUUUGCAUGAUAAAACAGCAAAAGAAUUAAUGUUAAUUUCUUCAAUUAUAAAUAUAUUAAGUGAAAAUAGUAUGGUCAACGAUCGAAAUAAUUCAUUAAAUUUAAUAAGUUCUUUAUCAACUUUAAAUAUUGUUAAAACAAUUCCAAUAUCUCUAGUUAAUGCAAGUAAACAGAAUAAUAUUGACUAUCAAUUUCUUUAUGAUUUAAAUCAAUUAUUUAUAACACAAUUUAAUGUACAAGGUUCUGUAAUUCCUUCUUCAGUAAGCUCUGUAAUUUAUUGCUUGAAAAAUCAUAUGGUUGAACAUAACAAAAAUUCUAAAGAUAUUCUUGAACAUUAUAAUAAUUACAAGUUUAAAUAUUAUUUCACAAGCAUUAUUGGAUUCUUUUAUGAGCAUGGAAUUGGAACAAUCGUUGAUUACUACAAGGCAUUCGAUAUGUAUAAACAAGCAGCCGAAAAUUUUAAUUCUUCAAUCAAAAUGAGCAAUUUAUUAAAAGAAAAUCAGAUUAUUGGAUUGAUCUCUCUUGGUUUAUGUUAUAUUGAUGGAAAAGGAAUUAUAGAAGAUCAACUAAAGGCACUAUAUUUAUUUUUAAAAUCAGUUGCCAAAGGUUCAAGUUCUGGAAAAUCUUAUAUUGGACAAUGUUAUGAUUAUGAUUAUA